UCCUGCCACCAUGCUGGGGCUGCUGCUGCUGCAGGUGUUGGCCAGCUGCCUCUGGCUGGGACACAGCGAGGUGGUGAACUCCUUUGAAACUUCAUGUCCUCAGUUUUUUUUCCAUGAAAUCCCCCCGAACGAAGCCUUGGAGCCACAGAAACCAGCCUGGAUCUGCCAGCGCUACAAGAACCAGUAUUACUUUGCCACCCUGUACGACAGGAAGAUGCGUAUUCCUGUCUACUCUGCUUACAUCUACCAGCCUGGACCGGGCAAAAGACCUAAAACUUGGCUGGUUGAGCCUCAGCUGAUUGGCCCAACUUAUCCCAAAACUAUGGAAAAAGAGUGGACACUCUUAAAUCAAUACAACGUCACCUUAGAGAAACUCAGCCAGAGCCAGGCUAUCCUUCAUGACUACAAGAACCUGACAGGUUUGAACCGGGGCCAUUUGAACCCCAAUGGCCACCACGAUGACUACAGCAGCAGGAUGGCCACCUUCACCCUCACCAACAUAGUGCCCCAGGAUGAAAAACUCAACGGCGGCGCCUGGAACAACUACGAGCAGCAAACGAUGAUCAGGAGGACCCAGGGCUGUAAAACCACCUAUGUCAUCGUGGGUGCUGUGCCUGGGAACAACUACAUUGCCAAGGGGAGGGUUAAUAAACCCAGCCACCUUUGGUCAGCUGCCUGCUGUGUGGUGGACAACAACUACAUAAAGGCUUGGGCGGUCAUUGCUGAGAACGACAGGAACCAGGUUCAGCUCCUCACACUGGGAGAGCUGGAGGACACAUUAACUGAGCUCUAUGGGAGGGGACAGGUUUUUCUGUUUGACAGUGACUGUCCCCGAGAAUAA